AUGGUCUUGAAGACCCUGCGGAGACCUCUCCGCAGGGCCGACAAGAAUCGACUCUUUUUCUUUUCCAACGGAACCGUCUUGUCCUUGUCAAUUAUAGAUGUUUGUUUGUCACUUUUUUUCUCGCCUGACGACAAUGCCUGUACUUCCGUGAGGCUCACCUCCGCGGGUGGUGCAGCCACCGCAACACUUUCCAUGUUGGGACCGAAUGUUUCAAUAACACAAGUCGAAGUUUCAACCGGCGCAUUAGUAUCCGCUUCCACGAAACUGAUGACUUCCGUCGUCAUCAGCUCCGUGGAAUGCGCCAGUGACAACGUCUCUUCUUCUGCGGGGCACACCGCCGACUUCGCCACCUCAAUAUUGUCUUGGUCAAUUAUAGAUGUUUGUUUGUCACUUUUUUUCUCGCCUGACGACAAUGCCUGUACUUCCGUGAGUCUCACCACCGUGGGCGGUGCAGCCACCGCAACAUUUUCCAUGUUGGGACCGAAUGUUUCAAUAACACAAGUCGAAGUUUCAACCGGCGCAUUAGUAUCCGCUUCCACGAAACUGAUGACUUCCAUCGUCAUCAGCUCCGUGGAAUGCGCCAGUGACAACGUCUCUACUUCUGUGGGGCGCACCGCCGACUUCGCCACCUCAAUAUUGUCCGACUCGAGACCGGGCAUUUCAACUUCACAAGUUAGAGUAUCAACCGGCGCAUUGGAGUCCGAUUCUACGAAACUGAUGGCUUCCGUCAUCAGCUCCGUAGAAUGCGCCGGUUUCAACGUCGGCUCCUCACCUGGAUAAACCACCGGAACCGCCACCUCGACAUUUGUCUUCACAGUACCGGGACUUUCAAUAUCAAAAGUUGAUGUUUCGUCCGUUGACAGUACUGGCGACACAUCCUGAUGAUAUAGAUCAUAUUCAACAUCAUUUGAACUGGUUGGAUCCAUAAUUAUACGUAUAUUUUACGUAUAUUUUGACUUGAAAUAUAAAUACAAAUUUAUAUUUAUAUAGAAAAUACAAUUUAGGUAUUACAAAACUUUUUGUGCAGAAAAUUGUUUAGAUACCUAGCGAGUAUGAACAGUAAGUGAAUCAAAAAUUGUCUCUAUGAUACACUUCUUAGAAUAUCGCCUUGACAACAAUUAAAAAUGAUAUAACAAAAUACUAUGAACAGCCAAUAGAUGUAUUAAAACUCUUAAAUAAAAUACUACAGUUUUUAUAAUUUAAUCAUAUUUUAUUAUUUGACAAAUUUUAUUGGAAAAAAAUUUGUAAUUUACCUACUAUUUACUGUUAUAAAAUACUAAAUAGUAAAUUUACAUUCACCCGUAAAAUAACUAUUACUGUUAAUGUUUUAUGGUAUAAUAGAUGUGCCUCGCUCUGCUGUGAAAUUCGGUCUAAGUGAAAUUCGGUCUAAGUGAUAUUCGCUCUAAGUGAGUACCCUAGGUCGGAGACGGGACUGUAAAGGAAAUAUCAUAAAAAGUCUAGUAGUCACAAUUUUAGUUAACCUAACCUUCGAGGGGGUCGGUGUGCCUCGAUUUCUGGGCUGGUGGAAGCCGCCUUUGGCGCCUUCGAGGGGGUCGUGUAAAAAUCGUGUUAUCAGGAAUUCGGUCGGAAAUUGUAAUCGGGUGUCUAGAAAAGAAAUCAUACACUAAAAAAGUAAGAAAAGUACUGAAGUCGAGUAAAUAAAUACGAAAAAUUUUAAUUAAGUGUCUAGCUAUCAGUCCUAAACUGGUGUAAUACCGUUUCCCAUUGCAUGCCCUGUCUUUUGUAUAUAAAAAAAUGUAUUUAGCGAAAAUGGUAGUCGAGUGUCUAGCUAUCAAUCAUCACAUCACGUAACUAAAUCUGUAUCCUAAAUCUAUAUCUGACAAUACAAUCCACCUGCGUCUCCGACGUCGAAAGUCUAAUGUUGUAUUGUAGGAUAAUUAUUAAUUAGUAUAAAGUCGAAUAACAUAUUUUGAGCAUUCAAAUCGAGUUGUCAGUUAUCAUUGGGAAAAAUCGAAUUAAACGCAAUUAAACCCACCCACCACGUAGGCAAUCCGAUUGCGUCGGAUCGUGGACAAUGUGUGAAUAGUAGGUUAUGAUACCAAUAUAGUAUAAUAUGAACAAUCUCAUACCGUGUCCCGUCGCAUGCCUGGUUCUUUUUUUUAUAUUAUAAAAUUUAUUUAGUGAAAAUGGUAAUUGAAUGUCUAGCUAUCAGUCAUCAUAAUAUGAUGUAAAUUGAUGUCCGAAAGUUAGAUCCAUAAUUGUCAUACUUCCUAAUGUCAAAGUUCAGAUGUUGUUUUUGAUAUAUAAGAAACUAUAAAACAUAUCAGAUGUCAUAAAAAUUGAAAACAUAACAAUUCAAAAUUUACUCCCUUAACGCGUUAUAGUAAUACACUUAAUAAUAUGUAUAUAUAGGUACUUAUAAUAAUAGCGGCCGGUGUGCCUCGGUGUAAGUACUAAGUGUGUCUCGCUCUGCUGUGAAAUUUGGUCUAAGUGAUAUUCGCUCUAAAUAAUGUAUUACAACAUUUGGAAUCAUCUUUGUCUGCUGAAUUUGAUUAUAGAAAUGUACACGAAGCACUAGAUUUUUUAUUUC